CUUCUCGCAACUAGAAGCUAACGACACAUACUCAAUUGGCCAAGCACAAAUUAUCAUCAGGAACACACAACCAAAUCCAGUGCCCUUCGUACUGCAAAAUCAUCACAAUGGACAGCGGAAAGACCUCUAACGCUCCCAUUUCUCCUACCAGCCGCAGACGCAGUUCCGGCACCCUCUUCCAAGGCCUCAUGGACCAGAAACGUCACGAAGGCACUGCCGCCCGCAGACAGUCUAUGACUGACUCAAAGCCCCCACCCGGAUUCUUGGGCCAGAUGUGGCAUAACUGGACCCGUGGCCCAAUCAGCCCCCCGAAAUAAAUAAACUACAAUCAUAGAUAUCAUCAACAUGUAAGAUUUGUGGGGUUGAACGGUGUUAUGGACCAUUAUCAUAAGACUUGGGGGAGGGGUGUGUAUUGUGGCGUUGGCCCUGAGAUUGUAUUGUAGCAUAGCAUUUCGCCAACAUGAAUAACGUUUCUUUCUUGUUUCCCAACCAUACUCUGUUCAAUUUUGAAGCAAUACCCAUGCUAUUCUACGUCUUGUUUGGUGAUAUGGUAAUGACUCCAAAGGUCUCAUUUCGCUGAUUAUAAUUUAACCGACAAAAAUAGAGUUUGAUCAGUAUAUAUCGUUCGUUCUUGCUUCUCCCAUUUUAUUUUCAAUGAGCACUACAUUCAUUGCGUUUUUCGUCAUGGGACAUUUCUUUCUUUCCUUGCUUCUUGUUGAGGUACAGAGAGAUAGAGAGAGAGAGAGAGAGAGAGAGAGAGAGAGAGAGAGAGAGAGAGAGAGAGAGAGAGAGAGAGAGAGAGAGAGAGAGA